GGCCGUCGCCCCCCGCCUCUUGCGGGGGGUCCGCCUGACGCCUCCUCCGCUCCAGCGGAGGAGAGGGGGGGGCUCUCAGGAGCUGCGGGCGCCGUUGCUAAGGCUGGAGCAUCUCUGGAUGUCGCUGGCGCAGCUGCAUCCUCCGCUGCUUGCGGGAAAACGGCUCGGCCGAUCCCCCGGCUCCAUGAAGCGGGGCCCGUCCUCCUCCUCCUCUUCCUCCUCUUCUUCCUCCUCCUCCUCCUCUGCCGCCAAGGGCAGGGCUGCCCGGUUGGGCUGAGCGAUGGCAGCCGCUCCCCCGCCGCCCUCCCUCUCCUGGGUCAGCCUGUCCGCUGCGGCUGCUGAGUAAUCCGGCGGCGCGGUCAAUGGGCGAGGAGACGGAGCCCCCCCCCGAACAUCAACCAGAGCUUUCUUCGGGAUCACAACUAUGUGACUGAAGGAGUGGCAUAGCAUGGGCGGUGGCAGCCAUGCGAGCUUCCUUCCACUGCCAUGCCAAUGAAUCUCCACCCCCUGCUGAAGAGAGCACUUCUGGAGCUGAUAUUAUUUCAACUAUUGAAUUCAACCAGACGGGGGAAUUAUUAGCCACAGGGGACAAAGGAGGCCGUGUUGUGAUAUUCCAGAGGGAGCCCGAGAGCAAAAAUGCGCCUUACUGUCAAGGCGAGUACAAUGUUUACAGCACCUUCCAGAGCCACGAACCUGAAUUUGACUAUCUGAAGAGCUUGGAAAUAGAGGAAAAAAUAAACAAGAUAAAAUGGUUGCCACAGCAGAAUGCAGCCCACGCUCUACUGUCAACAAACGAUAAAACGAUUAAACUGUGGAAGAUUACCGAGCGAGACAAGAAACCGGAGGGAUAUAAUUUAAAAGAUGAGGAAGGAAAACUCAAGGAAUUAUCUAUGGUGACCUCACUUCAGGUGCCUGUGCUGAAGCCGACCGACUUGAUGGUUGAGGUCAGUCCCAGAAAAAUAUUUGCAAAUGGCCACACCUACCACGUGAAUUCCAUUUCGGUCAACAGCGAUUGUGAGACGUACAUGUCUGCAGACGAUCUCAGGAUUAACCUUUGGCACUUAGCCAUUACCGACCGGAGCUUCAACAUUGUGGACAUCAAACCCGACAACAUGGAGGACUUGACCGAAGUCAUCACGGCCUCGGAGUUCCAUCCCCACCACUGCAACCUCUUUGUCUACAGCAGCAGCAAAGGGUCCCUCCGACUGUGCGACAUGAGGGCCUCGGCGCUCUGCGACAAGCAUUUCAAGAUUUAUGAAGAACCAGAAGAUCCCAACAGCCGUUCCUUUUUCUCCGAAAUUAUUUCUUCGGUGUCCGAUGUGAAAUUCAGCCACAGUGGGCGCUACCUGCUAGCGAGGGAUUACCUCACUGUCAAAGUUUGGGAUCUGAAUAUGGAAACAAAGCCUAUAGAAAUAUAUCAGGUUCAUGAUUACCUUAGAAGCAAGUUGUGUUCACUCUAUGAAAACGACUGCAUUUUUGACAAAUUUGAAUGUGCAUGGAAUGGGUCCGACAGCGUCAUCAUGACCGGGGCCUACAACAACUUUUUCCGAAUGUUCGACCGAAACACGAAGCGCGACGUGACUUUGGAGGCCUCCCGCGAGAACAGCAAGCCACGGGCGAUCCUGAAGCCUCGCCGUGUGUGCGCCGGGGGCAAGAGGCGGAAAGACGAUAUCAGCGCCGACAGCCUGGACUUCACCCAAAAAAUUUUGCACACCGCCUGGCACCCCACGGAAAACAUCAUUGCUAUUGCGGCCACAAACAAUCUGUAUAUCUUUCAAGACAAAAUGAACACGGAAGUGCAUUAGGUCCCACUGGAGAGAGAGAGAGAGAGAGAGACAUGUCUUUGGACUGAUACCGCUACUUGCUUGAUGAAAGAAAAACCUUUAUUGGGAAGUAAACACCCUGCAAAUCGAACGGAGCUUACUCCCCAAUAAAUGUCUGCAGCAAUAAGAUGUAUGUGGAUUAAUUAUUCCAUGACCCACCACCGUCCUUUGGCGACCACUCUAUAUUUUAAUUCAUUGCAACCGCCAUACAGUCAUCUCAAAAAUAAAUUCUCCUUAUGACCAGGUG